UUUGUGUCUCGUUCUCUAUGUAUUUCUGAAUUAUUUUUUUUUUGUUUGAGUUGUUUUGUCUGUCAUCUUAAAUAUCGAAACUUAAAAAUGCCAGACUUUUUGGGUGAUGAAAUGAGAAAAGUGAAGAAAGAUGAAAAAGAAGAAGAUAAGGAAAUUAGAGCCCUGGAUGAAGGUGACAUUGCAUUGUUGAAAACAUACGGCCAGGGCCAGUACACCAAGAACAUCAAGGGUGUGGAGGACGACAUCCAGAGUGUGAUCAAGCGCGUGAACGAGCUGACGGGCAUCAAGGAGUCGGACACCGGCCUGGCGGCCCCGGCACUCUGGGACCUGGCGGCCGACAAGCAGACGCUGCAGAACGAGCAGCCGCUGCAGGUGGCAAGGUGCACCAAGAUCAUCAACGCUGACUCCGACGACCCAAAGUACAUCAUCAACGUGAAGCAGUUUGCCAAGUUCGUGGUUGACCUGGCGGACUCUGUGGCCCCGACGGACAUUGAGGAAGGAAUGAGAGUCGGCGUGGACCGCAACAAGUACCAGAUCCACAUCCCGCUGCCGCCGAAGAUCGACCCGACCGUGACCAUGAUGCAGGUGGAGGAGAAGCCGGACGUGACGUACAGCGACGUGGGCGGCUGCAAGGAGCAGAUUGAGAAGCUGCGGGAGGUCGUGGAGACCCCUCUGCUGCAUCCGGAGAAGUUUGUGAAUCUCGGUAUCGAACCCCCGAAAGGGGUCCUGCUGUUUGGACCGCCCGGCACAGGGAAGACCCUGUGCGCCCGUGCCGUCGCCAACCGAACCGAUGCGUGCUUCAUUCGUGUCAUUGGCUCCGAGCUGGUGCAGAAGUACGUCGGAGAGGGAGCCAGGAUGGUGCGGGAGUUGUUCGAGAUGGCUCGCAGCAAGAAGGCGUGCCUCAUCUUCUUCGACGAGAUAGACGCCAUCGGGGGGGCCCGCUUCGACGACGGCGCGGGCGGCGACAACGAGGUGCAGCGGACCAUGCUGGAGCUGAUCAACCAGUUGGACGGCUUCGACCCGCGGGGGAACAUAAAGGUCCUGAUGGCCACCAACCGACCGGACACGCUGGACCCCGCGCUCAUGAGGCCCGGCCGCCUGGACCGCAAGGUGGAGUUCGGGCUGCCCGACCUGGAGGGACGCACACACAUCUUCAAGAUCCACGCCCGCUCCAUGAGCGUGGAGCGGGACAUCCGCUUCGAGCUGCUGGCCCGGCUCUGCCCCAACAGCACCGGUGCUGAGAUCCGGUCUGUGUGCACGGAGGCAGGCAUGUUUGCGAUCCGUGCGCGCAGGAAGGUGGCCACGGAGAAGGACUUCCUGGAAGCGGUCAACAAAGUCAUCAAGUCGUACGCAAAGUUCUCCGCUACGCCUCGGUACAUGACUUACAACUAGCUGCGUUCGACUGCAUGUUUGCCCAAGUGCACUAAAAUAAAUUCUGUAAUACUUA